AUGGAGGGCAUCUACGCCAUAAUAUUCACCGUAAUCCUGAUGUUUCCUUUCAUCGUCCAGUUGCAAAUGCUAAUCGCAAAUCCAAAGAAGUUUCUGGCCAUCUUCCACUACUACGCGACGAACGAGGACGCGGAGAAAAGACCGACGCCGACGUUGUUGCAACACUAUCCGAAAGACUCGACAAUAAUCGAAGCCAGAUCCGACUCGAAGAUGCUGUUGGCCAGCUUGAGGACCGCCUCGUCGUCGCCGGCCAUGUCGCGCGCGGAUUCGAUCAGUAAACCGGGUACACCGAUUAAAGCGAUGCUCGCGGAAGCGAGACACUCGUCCACGUUCGUAAAAACGGGCAAGGUGCUGCCGGUGGUGGACAUAACGUGGACCUACAGUUCGUACAGGUACAAAACGUUCGAGUCGUGCCUACGAGAUUACUAUGGCGCCAGGUACCCGCCCGGCGAAGUGGUAUUGAAUUCCAUGCAGCUGCAUCUGUUGGACUCGAACACGAACACGAACGCGAACGUGACCGGUCUCUUUGACUUCGUCAAAGAGAGCGAGCUGCAGCUGAACGGACCCGGGGUAUCAAGGAAGCUGGAAAUUGAGUAUCUUAAUCCGUUGGAUCACUUUGUGACGAGGCAACUCGGCAGUCCGUUGACCGAGGAUAGAUUCACCGAAACGCUUCGCGAACAGGCGAACGAGGAUCGUCGGCCGUCGUCUCACAAUGCAGCCUGGCGCGAGGAUCCUAUCAGAGACGUAAUCACCGACCGGGAAAAGAAUGCCGGGAUCAAUCGGAGAUCCUCGAGAAAGAUCGAACUCCCUUGCAAAUGCAAUUUGUCAGCGCCCCGGCGUGUUUACGGGCCGAACGAUCCCCAACGAAGAAACGUUCCCGUGGCCGGGGAACUCACGGCCUCUUUGAGACCUACAACCUAG